GUGAGAAAAUAAUUCGUAUUUUAUUUUCUGGAUUUGGCUAAAAUUCUUAUAAGAAACAUUAGUAUGAAAAUAAAAGCUAUUCUGAAAAAAAAGUCGAUUACCAUAUUUCCAGUUUAUAAUAAAUAAAAGAAAGUCUAGAAUUUUUAGAAGAGAAAAAAGAUGUAAAGACCAAAAAAUAAUAAAAAUUGGAUAUUAUUUUGUCCAAAAAAAUAAAAUAAUUUAAUUCAAGCAAAAGUACUUUUAGGCUUUUUCCCUUUUUAGUACUUUCCUUUAGACUUUUUAAAUGAUUACUAGGAAAUUCCUUUUAAUGGCUUAGAUUUGGUUUUACAUAAACUUCAGGAUUUUUAUAAAGAAUUAGAAAUUGAGGAAAAAGUACUUAAUGUGUAAAAAAUAGACCUUCAUUUUUAAUAGUUUUUUAAGAAAUUUCCAUAGAUAGUGGUUUUGGAUGAUAUGAAGUAUUAUAAUAUUUUAAAUAAUAGAGUUAAUUUAUAGAAUUUUAUUGAAAAUAUUUUAAAAGAUGAUUAAAUUUUUAAUACUUUUAUUUAAAAAUUCCCAUAAAUCUAAUUAAAAGUACCAUAAAUGGUUAUUUUUAAUCCUUUAAAAGAUUCUUUUGAUGAUUUCUUUAAUAAAAAUAAAUAAGAAUUAAAUUAUCCUCUUUUAAUAAAACCUACGACUGCAUGUUCGACUUAAUUGUCGCAUUUUAUGGCUAUUAUAUUACAUGAAAAAGGCUUAAAUAAAGCUAUUUAAACAAAACCUUUUAAUUAAACAGAAAUAAUUAUAUAAGAAUUAAUAAAUCAUGAUGGAAAAAUUUACAAAUUAUAUAGUAUAGGAAAUUAUACUGAAAAGCAAGUAAGAGCAAGUAUACCAAAUAUUGACACUUAAAAAUAUUAAUAAGAGGAAGGAAUAUGGUAUUUUGAUUCUUAAAAAAGCUUUUUUAGUUAACUACCUAUUGCUUGUGAAUAAAAGAUUGAAAAUAAAUAUUUCGAAUUAAAUAAAUAAGUAGUAAAUGAAAUAAGUUAAUUAAUUAUAAGAUAAUUAAAAAUUAACUUAUUUGGAUUCGAUAUUGUUAAAAAAACUAAAACUUAAGAAUAUUAUAUUAUUGAUAUAAAUUAUUUUCCUGGGUAUAAAGAUUUUAAAGAUGUCUGUGAGAAAAUGUAGCAAUUAUAUUAUGAAAUACUUAAUAAAAAAUGAUAUUUAUAUUUUAUAAUAAUAUAUUUCUAUUAUUUUAUUUUUAUUUAUAAAAUAAAAAUAUUAAUUUUUUAUAAUAAUAU